AUCAAGGUCGGUUGUGUGUUCGCUCUUGUGUACGUGCUGUUUAGCGCAACAGUGGCUGUGCGGGAAAACACAAGGUACGCACGGAUAAUGCAGUGUUCUGUUAUAAAAUAUAUGUGAAAAUAAUAUGAAACGAAGGUGAAUUUUCGGAUACGGAUGUUGCGGUGAGCUCGACUCUUUGGACGAUCCCUGCCAUGAUCUCAGUAUAAGGAUUUUUUUUAAAGCCUGGCCUCAGUCGGUUCACAUUUCCCCCCACAAUGAGACUGUACGCAUUUCUUCUGAAGGACCAUUUACCAAAGAUAGAAUAUUAUUCAAGGUUUUCUCCAUCGCCCCUGUCAAUAAAACAGUUUCUGGAAUUCGGUAGGGAUAAUGCGUGCGAGAAGACGUCUUACAUGUUCCUGCGGAAGGAGCUGCCGGUGCGUCUGGCUAACACUAUGAGAGAGGUCAAUCUGCUGCCUGACAAGCUCCUCAGUCAACCUUCAGUCAAACUGGUGCAGAAAUGGUACAUGCAAAGUUUUUUUGAACUUCUAGAGUUCGAGAACAGGAAACCAGAAGACCCACAUGCCCUGAAUGACUUUCUGGAGACUCUUAUUGAAAUCAGGAAUAGACACAAUGAUGUGGUCCCGACUAUGGCCCAGGGUGUAAUUGAAUAUAAAGAGAAGUUUGGUUUCGAUCCGUUCGUCAGCUCCAACAUCCAGUACUUUUUGGACCGCUUCUACACCAACCGAAUCUCUUUUCGUAUGCUCAUCAACCAGCACACUCUCCUUUUUGGCAAUGACAUCAACCCAGCCCAUCCAAAACACAUUGGCAGUAUUGAUCCCAGCUGCAAUGUUGCUGAGGUGGUGACUGAUGCAUACGAGACCGCCAAGAUGGUGUGUGAGCAAUAUUAUUCAGCUGCCCCUGAACUCAAGAUAGAGGAAUUCAAUGGUACAUCAAAGGCUCCUCAAAAACCCAUCCAGGCUGUGUACGUUCCCUCACACUUGUUCCACAUGCUGUUUGAAUUGUUUAAGAACGCAAUGAGGGCCACCAAUGAGCUCCAUGAGGGUAGUAAGGAGGGUCUCCCUCUUAUAAAAGCAAAAGUGACCCUGGGAAAGGAAGAUCUCUCUGUGAAGAUCAGUGACAGGGGAGGGGGUGUGGCUUUACGCAAGAUUGACAGGCUGUUCAACUACACCUACUCAACUGCACCAACACCCAGUCUGGACUCGAAACGAGUGCCAUUGGCUGGAUUUGGACAUGGUUUGCCGAUAUCCAGACUGUACGCCCGCUACUUUCAAGGGGACCUGAAACUUUACUCGAUGGAAGGCAUAGGGACUGAUGCUGUCAUCUACCUGAAGGCUCUCUCCAGCGAAUCAUUUGAGCGUCUGCCCGUCUUCAACAAAUCUGCUUGGCGACACUAUCAAGGAGGCCCAGGAGCGGAUGACUGGAGCAACCCGAGCAAAGAGCCCCGAGAUGCCUCAAAAUACAAGGCCAAAAGAUAAUCGCACUCGCUCCGUUCGUGUCCCACUGCACCCAUUAUAGACCUACCGUCUUUAGUCUAGCUUCAGUUGCCAUGGCAACAUCACAUUGAUGCUGAGUGUUCUAUACUUGUUAGCAUUUCCAGAGCAGAAGAGCUGAUGAUGUAAGUGUCUUUAAGUCUCUGCUCCUUCCUCCUUUGUGCAGCUACAGACGUAAGAUACAGAACCUCCUUUUAGUGUCUUCCAGGGCGGUAAGAGUGGAAAGAGUGAACAUUUGUGGCCGGGGUGUCAGAUACUUUGUUUCUUUUUUUAAUUGUGCCACACAGUAGCCUCCCUGUUUCAUUUUCGAAAACAGCCAGAGAAGGACGCCUGGAGUUUGAGAAGGUCAAAACAAAGAGCACUUCUUUUACUGAGAUUCACAAGCACUAGAGAGAGGGUUUAUCCACAGUUUCUGUGGCUACGACGACUCUUUUCUUGGCAGUGGACUAAUGGAGAAAUAAUUUGAAAAAGGCUGUGAAGAAAUGAAAAUAAUUUGGUCUCAAGAACAUGUCAAGGUUAUUUUUCACCCUGAACUCAAAAGAAAAAUAUGAAAUUAUAUUUUGCAUAAAGAAAAUGAAACUUUGUAGUUACAUUUAUAAUAUAACAAAUUAUUAAAGUAAUUUAAGUUAUAUAACGUAUAUAAUAGUAAUAUGUAUUAUUUUGAAUUAUAAAAUCAUUUUAAUUAUUUUAUUGCAUUAUUAAAAUGGUUUAUAUACACACAAUAAUAUAUAUCAUAAAUAUUAAUAUUUAAUAUUUUAUUUAAGGUAUUUACAUAUUUGUGAGUUUAAUUUAUACUGAUUUUAAUUGGGAAAAAACUGUCCAGACAAGAUUAUUUUCAUUACUGCAUUACAGUAAUGAGAAUUUGAGGGGGGAUUCUCAUGAAAAUGUCAUAAUGCAAACAAUUUCAGUGGUCCUAAAAUAAUUUUCCUAAUGCAAAAUUGUUCUUAUUUUUCUUUUAAUGUUUUGGGUGAAAUGUGAGCAGAUAGGUGCACCCAAAUGUUUUUUGGGAGCAGAGGAGCAUACUGAUAAACUAAUAUUUCCAAGCAUGGUGGAAUGCACUUUUAAACAGAUCGAAUACACUUUUAAACAAAUGUAGUUUCAAAUAUUUAUUUAUUUAUUUUGACCCCCAUUUAUUUUAAGUUUCCCUCAAGUUGUGCAUUUGUGUAGGGCUGUGCUGAUUCUGAGCUGGGCUCAGUGUGAGUAGCAGCAGUACAUUACCUACAUCCACUUAUACUGAACUUCCUGCUAAUGUAAAUGAAGAGAGACGGUGGUAAACUUUGAAGAAGAAUGCACAACUAUAGCCUAUUGUAGCAUUAAUGCUAUAGUCAUUAAUUAUUCUUUCUUUCUUUUUUUUCAUCUUAAAAAGUAGAUACUGCUUUUCUAACAUUAUAGCCCCUGCAUGGUGACAGAGUUGAUAGAAAGAUAUUUGCUUGCAGAAUUUGUUGAAACAGAAAGUUUAGAUGUUUAGAUUUCAGCAACAUUUGAUCGAGAGAAAAUGCAUAGUUUGAUAGAUAUAAACUCAUAGGAGCAACUUGGCUGACUUUUGAGUUUUAGCUUAAUAUUUAUUUGUAUUAUUAUUAUACCACUACUUCUCAGACAUUCCUUUUGAUGGAGUUAAUAUUUUCCAGAGGACCUCUUCUUAAAAUAAUUCCUAACACAGAUACGGUUUGGGACUGUCUGAGUGGAAUGAUUCUAAGAAGAGGGGUUGUUAGAUGAAAUACUGGACAGCUCGUCUGGUUUAAAGGAGCGAUGCUUAACUUUGCCCAGGCUAGUUACCGUAGUUUGUCUGUGUCCUAUUUAAAACAAAAAAACACCAUGUCAUUUAUCACUCAGUGAUUUGUGCGCACAAGUAUAUUAUUUGAAUUUUUGCUUUUUGAAAUUCCAUAAAAUGAACAUUUGUUAAGUGUUUUUACUGCAACACUCCAGGGUGAAUCUCAUGAAACCUGUCAAGAACAUGUCUUAUAUACAUACAAUAUAUAUAUAAUAUUUGUUUUGUUUUUUUAUUCUGUAUAAGAAGAACAAUAUUUAGAACGAUUUUUCACAGUACUAAAAAUUGAGGAAUAAAAUGUAUUUAAUUCUCGUAAUGUCAGUUUAAAAAAAUCUUAAUGGUGCAAAAAUAGGUUUAAUUUUUUUAUGUAAAAUAAAAACAAAAAUUUGGUUUGAGAUGCUAAAAUAUGAUCUUAUACAUUUUUAUGUUCGUGAGGUUCAUCCAUAUAAACUCUGCAGACAUGCUGUUUUUUUUAUACAGACUGAUUGUAUAUUUAUCAGCUGUUACUGUUCCACAUGUUAGAAUCUUUCCAUAGAAACCAUUCAAAACCAUCUACAUCUGUCUUAAUGCUGGUUUGUAUUGUGUUUGGGGGUCUUGUGAGACCUCAAGGUAACAUUUUUGACGACAUAUAGUACCUUACGGUUUCUCAUGUUAUUGAAGUGUAGAUUUCAGUAUUUAUUUAAAAAUAUUUGUUAUAUGGUUUGUUAGUUUUUAUGUUCAAUUAAGUCAAUGAAGAAUGCACUUUGAUGCCUUGAACUCCAAGCGUUCAAAAGAGCAGACUGAAGUAUGCAAGCAUUUUCCUGUGAAAACAAGCCUUCAUGGACUUGUGUGUCGUCAUCAAGCUCAAAUAAUCGUUGAUUUUGCCAGUAUACUCUCGUUUUUGCAUGCAUACGGUGUGUUAAUGUUCAACACAUUAGGAGAAUCUGUUUACCUACAGUGAAAACUCUUACCUGAUAUUUUAGUGUUGUCAUGCAACCAUCUUGUUUCUGCAAAAUGGGCAUUUUUGUGAGACUAUUAGUGUUUUGGACUUUUUUUCUUUUUGUUAUGAUAAGUUAAACACCACUGCUUAUAGAUAAAGGCUGAUGACACACAAAUCAUCACAAUGACAAUAUUGAUCUAGACAUUCCAUCAGAAGUACCUAUAAAAGAAGAACAAUAAAGAGAUCUUCCAGUACUACCA